AAUUCUCGCGAGAUUUAUCGGCAGCCAUCUUCUUGGGGGUGCUGGAAGCCGGGAAGACCCCCCGAACCGUUCCCAUUGAGCUGCCCUUCGUUUUCGCUCUCUUCACUUCUGCUCUGCCGCGUUGCCAACAAGCACCUAAUCCCAAAGCUGAGAGAAAAGCCCGUGUCCAAGCGCGUUCGGCUCGCCUUCGGGAGGAUUCAUUGGGGAGCGGGGCAGGGGGGAGGGCCCGGCAAACGGUUGCCGCCUCAGCCUGGGCCGGGGUCCGCGGACGGGAAGCUCCCGGUACCCGGUGGGCGCGUGGCCUGCGGCGGCCCCCGCCGAGGUGCUCGCCUUCCGCGGCUCGCGGGAGCCCGCCACCGGCACCUCCCACCGCUGCCCACGCGGACGGCGCGCGGAGGAGGGGGCGGCGGCGACCUGGGCGAGCGCAGGAGUGUGACCGGCCUCGGGGCCGCGGUGGAUGGUGUCUAAGAUGAUCAUUGAAAACUUCGAGGCACUCAAGUCCUGGCUCAGCAAGACCCUCGAGCCCAUCUGUGAUGCCGAUCCAUCAGCCCUAGCAAAAUAUGUUUUGGCUCUUGUAAAGAAAGACAAAAGUGAAAAAGAAUUAAAGGCGUUAUGUAUUGAUCAGCUCGAUGUGUUUCUUCAGAAAGAGACACAGAUAUUUGUUGAAAAACUUUUUGAUGCUGUGAAUACAAAGAGUUAUCUACCUCCUCCAGAGCAGCCAUCGUCAGGAAGCCUGAAGGUAGACUUUCUUCAGCACCAAGAAAAAGAUAUAAAAAAAGAGGAGCUCACAAAGGAGGAAGAGCGUGAGAAGAAGUUUUCCAGAAGGUUGAAUCAUAGUCCUCCCCAGUCAAGCUCCCGAUACAGAGACAAUAGAAGCCGUGAUGAGAGGAAAAAAGACGAUCGUUCUCGAAAAAGAGAUUACGAUCGAAACCCUCCUCGCAGAGAUUCAUACAGAGACCGGUAUAACAGACGGAGAGGGAGAAGCCGCAGCUACAGCAGGAGCCGGAGUCGGAGCUGGAGUAAAGAGAGGCUGCGAGACAGGGAUAGAGAGAGGAGCAGGACGCGGAGCAGAAGCAGGACGCGGAGCAGGGAAAGGGACCUGGUGAAACCUAAAUAUGACCUGGAUAGAACAGAUCCGUUAGAAAAUAAUUACACACCAGUGUCUUCAGUAUCUAAUAUUUCAUCUAGCCACUACCCUGUACCUACUCUGAGCAGCACCAUCACUGUAAUCGCUCCUACUCAUCAUGGUAAUAACACUACCGAAAGUUGGUCUGAAUUCCAUGAAGACCAGGUAGAUCACAACUCUUAUGUAAGGCCACCAAUGCCAAAGAAACGGUGUCGAGAUUAUGAUGAAAAGGGGUUUUGUAUGAGAGGAGACAUGUGUCCUUUUGAUCAUGGAAGUGACCCAGUAGUUGUAGAAGAUGUGAAUUUGCCAGGCAUGCUGCCUUUCCCAGCACAGCCACCUGUUGUUGAAGGACCACCUCCUCCUGGGCUGCCUCCACCUCCUCCGAUUCUUACACCUCCACCUGUGAAUCUUAGACCCCCCGUGCCACCUCCAGGGCCGUUACCACCCAGUCUACCACCUGUCACAGAUGAUGUUUCUUAUUCUUUGGUUUUGACAGGACCACCUCCUCCACUUCCUCCUUUGCAGCCAUCUGGCAUGGACGCACCCCCCAACUCUGCGACCAGCUCUGUUCCCACUGUAGUGACAACUGGCAUUCUUCACCAGCCUCCUCCUGCUCCACCCUCUCUUUUUACCACAGUUUUUGUGUUACCAGAUACCUAUGAUACAGAUGGCUACAAUCCCGAAGCCCCAAGCAUAACAAGCACUUCCAGACCUAUGUACAGACACAGAGUCCACGCACAAAGACCUAACUUGAUAGGACUGACGUCAGGGGACAUGGAUUUACCACCCAGAGAAAAACCUCCUAAUAAAAGCAGUAUGAGGAUAGUAGUGGACUCAGAGUCAAGGAAAAGAAGUAUUGGGCCUGGGGAACCUGGAGUUUCUACAAAGAAGACCUGGUUUGAUAAACCAAAUUUUAAUAGGACAAACAGCCCGGGUUUCCAGAAGAAGGUUCAAUUUGGAAAUGAAAAUACUAAACUUGAACUUAGGAAAGUUCCUCCAGAAUUAAAUAAUAUCAGCAAACUCAAUGAACAUUUUAGUCGAUUUGGAACAUUGGUUAACUUGCAGGUUGCCUAUAAUGGUGAUCCUGAAGGUGCCCUUAUCCAAUUCGCAACUUAUGAAGAAGCAAAGAAAGCAAUCUCAAGUACAGAAGCAGUAUUAAAUAAUCGCUUUAUUAAGGUUUAUUGGCACAGAGAAGGAACUACUCAACAGUUACAAACUACUUCGCCAAAGGUAAUACAGCCAUUAGUCCAGCAGCCCAUUUUACCUGUUGUGAAGCAGUCAGUCAAAGAGCGGCUGGGUCCUGUACCUUCAGGUACUGCUGAGCCCGCAGAAGCCCAGAGCGCUACUUCAGAACUUCCCCAGAAUGUAACUAAGUUAUCUGUGAAGGACAGGUUGGGUUUUGUAUCAAAGCCAUCUGUUUCAGCAACUGAAAAGGUGUUGUCUACAUCUACUGGUCUUACAAAAACGGUGUACAAUCCAGCUGCUUUGAAGGCUGCACAAAAAACCUUACUAGUUUCUACCCCUGCAGUUGAUAAUAAUGAAGCACAGAAGAAGAAGCAGGAGGCACUGAAACUUCAGCAGGAUGUAAGAAAAAGGAAACAAGAAAUUUUAGAAAAGCACAUUGAAACACAGAAGAUGCUAAUUUCAAAACUAGAGAAAAACAAAACCAUGAAGUCUGAAGAUAAAGCAGAAAUAAUGAAAACAUUAGAGAUUUUGACAAAAAAUAUUACCAAGCUGAAAGAUGAGGUUAAAUCUACAUCUCCUGGACGCUGUCUUCCUAAAAGUAUAAAAACAAAGACACAGAUGCAGAAAGAACUGCUUGACACAGAAUUGGAUUUAUAUAAGAAGAUGCAGGCUGGAGAAGAAGUCACUGAACUUAGGAGAAAAUAUACAGAAUUACAGCUGGAAGCUGCUAAAAGAGGAAUUCUUUCAUCUGGUCGAGGUAGAGGAAUUCAUACAAGAGGUCGAGGUGCAGCUCAUGGACGGGGCAGGGGGAGAGGUCGAGGCCGAGGUGUGCCUGGGCAUGCUGUAGUGGAUCACCGACCCAGAGCGUUGGAGAUUUCUGCAUUUACAGAGAGUGAUAGAGAAGAUCUUCUUCCUCAUUUCGCGCAAUAUGGUGAAAUUGAGGACUGUCAGAUUGAUGACUCUUCACUUCAUGCAAUAAUUACAUUCAAGACAAGAGCAGAAGCAGAAGCCGCUGCACUUCAUGGAGCUCGCUUCAAAGGGCAGGAUUUAAAGCUUGCAUGGAAUAAACCAAUAGCUAACAUGUCAGCUGUGGAAACUGAAGAAGUUGAACCUGAUGAAGAGGAAUUUCAGGAAGAGUCUUUGGUGGAUGACUCAUUACUUCAAGAUGAUGACGAAGAAGAAGAGGACAAUGAAUCUCGUUCUUGGAGAAGAUGAUUUGACUGAUCAUUGAUCUGCAUAUGCUAGAACUCUGCCUGUGUUUCAUUAGUAUUAUCUAAUGUACUUUUCCAUAUUUGUAAAAAAAAUUUUUGGUAAAAUAUGAUGACGAUGGAUUUCACAAAUAGAUAAAAGAGAAGAAAACUACCUUCUGAUCUUGUAUUUUGAAGAUUGAUGUUUGCAUUUUAUUUCAGUAAACAAUUGAUAAAGACAUCACAAAUAGGACAUAUGCAAUGUUUUUAUUACAUACUUCUAUUGAACAUUACAGAAUUCUUUGGGUUAUUUGUAAAUUAAUGAAUAGAUUUGAAUACUUAUGACCCAAUACUUGUUAUAACAUAGAGGAUUUUGUUUUACUCCAAAUAAGGAAUGAAUUUGCAUUUAAAAUCUUAAUGAAUGUUUUCAAAAAUGAAUAGAUGACAUAGUGCGCUAACUAAAGCCUCCAAGUUAUGUAUUCAUAAUAUUGCAUAGUAGUAUGCUUAGGCUUUACUAUGUAUUAGCCGUUUGUUGGAUUUGUGUAUGUAUUUUAUCACAUGGGUGUUAAUGAUAAUGGUGUAUGACUGCUUUACAUAUGAGUCCUUAUGCGUCUGGAUGCUAAAAAUAAAGUGGAAUGGUCUCUUAAAAGAAAAAAAGAAAAGAAAAAAAAACAAUGACAAAAAAAAAAUUCAUGACAAUGUUCCUUGAUUUAAAAAAGAAAAAAGAAAAAGGAAAAAAAAGAAAAAAGAAAAAAAAAAGAGAGAAAAUGAAACAGACCAUUCCAGAUGGUGUUCUGCCUUCCCCCUAUCAAAAGGAGCUAUAAUCACUAAAUAAUAAUGGUUACUGGUACCUUUACAAUGAUGUGCAAUCCAAUGUUUAAAACUUAUACCACUUCAGUUUGGUUUGAUCAUAUAAAUUUUCAACAGAUGUCUUAAAAUUUAAAAGCAGGCUGAUUAGUUUGGAACCAGACUUCAAGUAGCGCUAACAUUUGGUGAAUAAGACAACUUCAUAUUACAUUUUGGAUGUAUGAAAGAAAACUUGACCAUUUGAAGAUGUAUGAAUAAAGAAAUGUACUAUAGAUACUACUUUAGGAAAACACUGUUUGUAGUCGUGAAAGAUGCCAAAUUGGCAGAGGCUCACGUUUCUUCUCUUUACACCAAACAGAGAGAGAACAUCACUGCCUGAAUUUAGCUUUGUGACUACAUGAGCAAGCUCUGUUUUGUCCUGUCUGGAGACGACUGUUAAUAAUAUCAUCUUGUCAUUUGGUUUGCUCUCUAUCAAUCUGAAUAGAUGUUUACAUGUACUGUGAUGACCAUUUUAUCUUUACAGUUCUGUAUAAGUACAUCUGAGUCCAGACGUGUAUCAAAUGUGUGAGGUUUAUGACCUUAUUUAGAAAUGUUUUCUUCCCUUGAUAGCAAUUUAAUUUGUAAAACACCUUCCGAAGAAACAAGGCCUUUUAGUUUCCUUAUGAGAUGUAUUAUGUCUCUGGCAAACUGAGAUAUAUGUUUGGGAAAUCUAUAAAGCCAUGAGAGCAUUAAUUGAACAGUUUAGAAUGAAGAAAAUGAAUUAAAAAGUUAAACAUAAGUUUGGCUUUAAUUUUUUUUUUUUAUUUUUAGGAUAUAUUUAUUGAAUUAGGAUAGCCAGUAAAAAUUUUGAGCAGACUGUGAAGGGCUCUUCAUGUCCUGUGAUGAGUUUGUCUCUUCCUCGCGAGUGUGUUGAUGCCCUGGGACGGCCAGGGCCAUUUACUCCGUGCACUUUUCGCUGUUAACUCCUCAAAAACAAGGAAAAUAAUUUUCUUUCCAAAUAAUAAAUGAUAACUUAUGGGUUCUAAAAUUGAAAAUCAUCUAUUAAAUUUGUCUAAUUUAUACAGUUUUCAUCACGUGUAAUCAAGACAUCAAAGACAAUCCUAUAAGCAAGGGGAAAUAGUGUUCCAUGUUUGUUUUUAUGGAAUAAUUUUCAGCUGCUUUAUAACUGUGUGUGCUAAUUAUUUAUAAGCAAUAUAGCUUAAACUUUAAAAAGCAUAAAAUUAAAAUUCUCAUUCUAAAUACUAACUAAAUUCUUUUUAUGUCAUACCUAAAUAGUUUUUCAAUAAGUUAUUUUGAGUAUUCCUUUAUAGAUUAUUAGGGGUAUUUGAGAAAUUUAAUGUGACAGCCACUCUUACUUGGAAAAGUCCAAAUUAUAUUGAUUCUGAUUUUUUUUCUUUUAAGUUCUACACAGUCACACUUUCUUCUGCACAGCUGAUACCUGCAAACACUUUUUCCCUCUUGAGUAUGCAUUGUGAUUGUCUUCAUGAAUAAUAAAAUGUAACAAACUCAUAGUCAUAUUAUAAAUGAUCUGUCUUGAUCCACAUUGAUUAUACAUGCAUAGUUAAAGGAAAAGCAUGUAUUUUAGGUAAUUAUUAUUUAAAUAAUAAUUUGAAUCACCAACCAGGCGUUUUGUUUGGUUGUGCCCUACCACAUGCCCACUUUUUUGUGGUUCUUUUUCCUUUUCUGUUUUCUUUUUCCUUUUCUUUUUCUUUUUCUUUUCUUUUCUUUUCUUUUCCUUUUCUUUUUUUUUUUUUUUUUUUUACAAAUUGGCAGAUAGCCAUGAAGUAGUCAUAAAUGUUUAAACAGGCUAGUUGAUAUUUUUUAUUUUCAAAAAAAACUUCACAGUAGUAGUGUUGUAGCUGCUUAAUUUAGAGCCAAAGAACAUUGUCUGAAAAGACCAUACCUGCCAGUAACUCUUUUGAUUUGCUAAUAGGUGAAUGCUACACACUGUCACCUAAUUUUGCUAUUGCUUUUUACGUUUGCUAUUGAAUUAAAAACAAAGCAAAACAAAGUGGAAUAUAUGCCCUUGGGGUUAGAGCACAACCCCAUUAGAGAACACCUAAUCAGAGGUUAUGUUGAUUUCUCCUUAUGAUCAUCGCUUUAUUGCUUUUUUAAAAAAUUGUUGGUAGAUUCAUUUGAUCAGUUACAUUUAAGUCCCUAUACAGCGGUUAAUUAGAGAGUCUCUUACAAUUUUUUCUUGAAUAGACUUGUCAUGGAGCUACGUGUACAUAACUGUAGAAAAUCAUUUCUGUGUAAUUGAAUGGAGCAGUUUACCUGUGCAUGAUUGCAUUAUGGAAGCCUUUUAUAUAUCUUUAUAUUUUUCAAUAUACUUAGAUUUUACAAUA